AUGACAGUUAAGAAAACGACUGAACGAGCCAAAGUGACUGUGCUCCUUCCACUCGUGCGUCGGCGGGGUCUUGUGAACACUCUCAGUGGUCCUGUACUGAAUAGACUUCCUUUUCGUCUGUCUCAGUCGUCUUGUAUAGCAUCUGUUACCUUGGCCGGGGCCUACGUGGUCAUGGACGCCACCAUCGUUCUCGUGGCGCGAUGUCCUUACCCGAACACGUUUGCCUUAUGGCCCUUCAACAAGUAUCGUCCGCAAUCGCGUGAAAACGUCCUCGGUUCGGAAGACCCGUAUUAA